UGCACACCCAUCUAUCACGGCGGUUAAGAUAUCCUUUACACUAUAUUCUUGGAGGCUUAGAAUCGCUAGUCUUACCCACUCUCUACAUUACUAAAGCCUACUACAAGCUCAGACGACAUGGCUGAAGCAGGCGCGGACGUAGGAGGUUGUUGCGCUGUAUUUUGCAUCAGCAUCUGGCAACCAUUCUGCAACAUGGUCCCAUUCGGAUCAAAGUGCGGUACCUGUGGCCCUUGUGGAUGUUUUGACAAGAGUUUUGCUCGCGAAGAUAGCUUUGACGAAGGAGGAGACGAGAGGAGACCUGCACCAACAGUGGACUCACAACCUACAGAGUCGAAGUCUAUGGCACAGGCUGGAUGACCGCCGCACAGCUAACGAGCUCAGGGAGGCUCGGGCACAAACUAUCGUUGUUCUUAUACGCGUCUUUCUCAUUGUGUUGCACCCUAGGACAAUGUCACGGUAUCAUACUUAUAUGGACGAUGGUACCCC